CAGGCUGUCGUUAGAGUGGAGAGUGCUGUGAGCAGAGCUCUUGGGUCUUGGAGAUCUGAUGUCUUAACGGGAUCUGAGCAAAAGCUCUGAGCCUUUCCACCGCUGGCCCUGAGCCUGUACACAGCCUGCAGCACUUGCAGUCGUCGAAAGCCUCAGUCUUCCCGUCUGUCCAAUGAGAAUGUGACUUCAAGAAUCUCUGCGGGCUACUUACGGUGUCGUUCAGGGACCGGUGGAGUCCUGAACACUGUCUACCUCUUCUCCUUCGUGGUGGACAUGCGGGGCUGUGGCGUCUUCCUCUCUUAGGUGAAGAUGAUGGAACACCUCGAGGCGGAAAGAUUCCCCCUCUCCUCGCGUUGUGACUCUAGGGCUCUUGGAUUCAGCAGUGUGUGGUCUUACACCCCCACCCCCGGUAGCUCCCCCACUCUUCAUCCAUGGCUAGCUCCCAGGUGCCAGGACUGUGGCUCCCGGUGCCUAAGGUGUACUCUCCGGUGACUCCCAUGCCCACCAUGGCCCCUCUUAACUCCUACAUGACCUUGAACCCUCUCAGCUCUCCCUACCCUCCAGGAGGGCUUCAGGCCUCCCCACUGCCUACAGGACCCCUGGCACCCCCAGCCACCACAGCACCCCUGGGGCCCACCUUCCCAGGCCUGGGUACUGGUGGCAACAGUGGAAGCAGUACUUCCGGCUACGGAGCCCCAGGGUCCGGGCUGGUACCUGGCAAGGAGAUGGCAAAGGGGUACCGGCGUCCACUGGCCCAUGCCAAGCCACCAUAUUCCUACAUCUCUCUCAUCACUAUGGCCAUCCAACAGGCGCCAGGCAAAAUGCUGACCCUGAGUGAGAUCUACCAAUGGAUCAUGGACCUCUUCCCAUACUACCGGGAGAACCAGCAACGCUGGCAGAACUCCAUCCGGCACUCACUGUCCUUCAAUGACUGCUUUGUCAAGGUGGCACGCUCCCCAGACAAGCCGGGCAAAGGCUCCUACUGGGCCUUACAUCCCAGCUCCGGGAACAUGUUUGAGAACGGCUGCUACCUUCGGCGUCAGAAACGCUUCAAGUUGGAGGAGAAGGCGAAGAAAGGAACCACCAGGAAUGGCGCGGUGGGGUCAGCCACCUCUGCCACAACCACAGUGGCCACAGUAGUCACCUCUCAGGCUCAGCCCCAGCCUGUGCCUUCUGAGCCUGAGGCCCAGAAUGGGGAAGAUGUGGGGGGUCUGGACUGCGCCUCUCCCCCUUCUUCCACACCCUAUUUCACUGGCUUGGAGCUCCCAGGGGAACUGAAGUUGGAUGCACCCUACAACUUCAACCACCCCUUCUCUAUCAACAACCUGAUGUCAGAACAGACAUCAGCACCUUCCAAACUGGAUGUGGGGUUUGGAGGCUACGGGGCUGAGAGUGGGGAGCCAGGGGUCUAUUACCAGAGCCUCUAUUCCCGCUCUCUGCUCAACGCAUCCUAGCAGGGCAAAUGGGAACACGGUGGGGGUUAACUGUGACAGACACCCGGUUCUUGGGCUCUGGUCCUUCUGGUCACACUUUGCUUGUCCCAUUGAUUAGCAUGUUACUUGGUGUAUUACUGUGAUGACCCAUUGGCUACUGUGGUAACUGUCAUGGACUCCCUGGUGGGCCUUGGGUGGCGGUGUUGUGAUGGCAGCUAUGCUGGGUAUACUGUGAAAGCUGCUAUAUUGAGAGAAGCCGUUGGCUGACCCAGUGGGUCUCCAUGUAGGAUGACAUCUUGUUUGGCCCUUUGGAAGCUGUGAUGGACAUCUGGAUUGACCUGAAUGUGUGACUGUCACGCCACGUCUUUUUCGGCCCACUGUUUCCUGGGAUCACUUCUUUUGUUUUGGCAGACUUCUUGAUAUAACAGAUGCCAAGUUGGCCACCACAUCACACGAUGUCUUUUUGACACACUGGAUGCACGGAGGGCCACCAUAUUGUCAAGGUGACAUUGCAGCUGUUAUGCACCACGAUGGCAACCACAGGCAGGCCUGUCAUCACCAUCUCCUUGGUGUGGGUUGGGUGAGGGGGUAGAGUCGAGGAGACACUGUGAUUUUUCUCUGAAGCCCAUCCCCACCCUGGCUAUGAGAAAGGGCUGGUGUGGGGGACUCUUCCUGAGGUCAAGUUCUUGCCUGGGACUUGGGAUACUGGCUGGGUUAGGCCAUUAAAAAGGCACCUUUUCCGUCUCA